AUGAAGCACUUCUGCCGGCUGCCGAUCGAGGUACAACACAAAAUCCUUCAACACAUGCCAAUGAAGGACUUUCUGAAGACCGCCAUCACCAGCAAGGCAAUCAUGGAAGUGGCGAGCACGUGCCGUGACAAAUUUUGGAAUGAAACGCUCUACGUCGACGGCUACGGCGUACCUUCCAACGCUUUGGGUGACAUCCCCAACCCAAAGAUCUUCAAGCUGCUGUUCCACGAUUCCGUGGUGGACCGGGGCGUCAUUUUCCAACCUAUUCCCACGGGUAUCGACGUGCGCUUUCUUACCAUGGAGGUGUGGGCCGAUUUGUCGCCGCUUCCCAUCCUGAAGCGCCACCAGCCCCCGGGAAAAUACGUGCGUGUUCGGCUUAAUGGCCCGGAAGUUAACGGCAGCAACCUGCCCGAAUGGCUGUGCGAAAACGCCGAGUUUUUGGAGGUGGAUCUGUCUAAGCCAACAAUGGACUAUAUUACGCUCAAGGGACCCCGAAUGAAUUUGCUUUAUACCGAUUUUACAGGGAUGGGGAGUGUCAACUAUCCACAAGCCGUCGUCGAGUCGUGGCUAAGGAUGGAGCGUGAGAUCGAACUCGUUAACGUUCUAUGCGAAAGCUACGCAUUCCGCAUGUCAUCAAUGUGGCAUUUCAUUCCCGAGUAUUGGGUACAAUACCCAUCGAUGUUCAAGAAGCGCACAGCGCUAUACCGCGUCCCACGCGCCGAUGGCCGGAUAUUGAUCGUGGAAUUUUCGGAUUGUAAGGAAUGCUAUGUCACAGACGGGGUGCAGCAUACAAUCAUCCAGCGAUUCAUGGAUCUCGAGACGGCCCUUCGUGUACUGGCACCCCGUUAUCAUCGUUUUUUGGUGGCUGGUGUUGAA